AUGCUUUCAUUUUCUGUGUUUGCUAACUUUAAAGGCCAAAUCUGUCCUGCUGUUGUGACAAUGGCAGCUAGAAAUAUCACUUUCAUCAGCGACUUAGACAAUAUGAGGGAUGAUUACACACUAAAAGUGUGUAUCAUCCGGUUGUGGAGAUCAUUUUCCGAAUCUGACCCCACUGUUGUGAAAUCAAUUGAAAUGAUAUUAAUGGAUGAAAUGGGUACAAAAAUCAGAGCCAGUGUCUACCGAAAAGAUUUCCAAAGGUUUGACUCCAAGCUGAAAGAAGAUGACGCUAUUUACAUCCGAUCCCCCACUAUAGCUCCAAACAAAUACACUUUUAAAAUAAGUGAUGUAACCUCCAAGUUAAACUUGCAUGGACAAACAACUGUUCAUGAGUGUCUUGGUUUUCAAUCCAAAACAAAAUAUGAGUUUUGUUUUGUAUCGUUUGAAACCAUUAUCUCUGCGACAACUACAUCUAAUAUCUCAAUUGAUGUUAUAGGUGAAGUUGUUUCGUUAGGCAAGCUGGAUUCCCGUGAUGUUAGCAAAUCGAAACAUAGGCUAACUUUACAAAUCAGAAACUUAGAAGGUUUGCAAGUUAACGUCACAUUGUUUGCAGAUUUCGCAUACCAAGUGAUUUCUUAUCUUGAAGCUCAUAAACAAGUUGGUCGUGUGGUUAUUAUUUUGCAGUUUGCAAGACUUAAUGUCUAUAACGGAAUUCCUUCUGUUAACAAUUAUUUUGAUCACACACGUAUGUUCAUAAAUGAUCUUCCCGAAAUUGUGGCCUUCACAGAUAGCUUGGUUGGAUUACGAGGAAUUCAAAACCCUUCUUCUUCUUUGACUUUUGAUAGCUCUCAAUCAUACAAUGAAUAUGAAGACUUUUUGAAUAAUCACAAAGUUAAAAAUGUUGUCGAUUUGCUAGAACCACAAGAGGUCGGGAAAUUUAUCAUUGUUGGUACAAUUUACGGUAUACGACAAGAUAUUGAUUGGUAUUAUGAUGCGUGUUCAAACUGUGGAAAGAAAGUUGAUCGAAGAGAUGUUUUUAGCGGUCCAGAUAGUGGUGAUGCAAGUGUGGUUGUUGAAUGCUCUACUGAUAAGUGUAAAAAAAAGGAGAUUUCUUCAGCUCCAAGGUAUAAAAUACCUAUUUGUGUCCAAGAUGAUUCCGGCACAAUCACACUAACUCUGUUUGAUAGAGAUGCUUAUAGACUUGUCAAACAACGUGCAAGUGAGCUCAUAGAGAAAAUCAAACAGGCUGGGGAUAAUCCGAGAAUGUAUCCUUAUGACCUCAAAUGUCUGGACGCCAUCUCACAGAGCGGUGAUAAUUUGACGCCUUCCAUGCCCGACAAAUCAGAAGCUACAAGUCCCUUCAAGUUUAAUUCACCCCCAAAUGUAAAAAAACGAAACGUUGGAGAUAUAAUUGAUGUUGAUGAAUAUGAUAAUGUCAAUUCGUCUACAAAAGUACCGCGCUUGAAUUCCAAGGUCGAUGGCAACACAGGAGUUGUCCAUCGAAGUAAAAACGUAUCCGCAUCUACAUCAAGUGCCAAUGUUUCAAAAAAAUCAAUGUUACCAAAUCAUCCUUCACAUUUAAAUGUUAGAACUCCUUUAUCUAACAUUUCCAAUGUCAUGGAUAUUUCCAAUAACAGUUUUCAAUCACCGUCAACAAACAUCAGCUUCGAUUCAAACGAAACAUUCAAAGGAGUGGUCAAUCGAAACAAAAACGUAUGCACAUCUAUGUCAAAUGGGAAAAUGUCAAAACAACCAAUGUUACAAACACCUUCAUAUUUAAAUUUUAGAACUCCGUUAUCUAACAUUUCCAAUGUCAUGGAUAUCUCCAAUAACAGUUUUCAAACACCGUUACCAAACAUCGGAAUGGAUUCAAACGACAAAAUCAACGGAGUUGUUCGUCGAAAUAAAAACAUAACCUCAUCUGAAUCAACUGCAAACAUGUCAAAACAAUCAAUUUUACAAAAUCCUCCUUCACAUUUAAAUGUUAGAACUCCGUUAUCUAACAUUUCCAAUGCGAUGGAUAUUUCAAAAAACAGUUUUCAAUCACCGUUACCAAAUAUUCGACAAUACUCUGUAAUUUCAAAUGGUGACACAUCAAACAACUCAUCUACAGUAACAAAGAGAUCAUCUUCAGUCAUGUCUACCAAUCCUAAUCGUAAUAAAAACAAAAAAAGGGCAAAUUUAUCUCCUAUUCCAAUAAUUGGUUUGACAUCCGAUCAAUACAUCAACGAUGGUCAAAGUAAUCAAAACAUAUACAACGGUAUAUCAAAAGAUUAUUUGGAUCAUGGUGAUCAGAAUGUUGUAUGCCAAACAUGUUUUGCAAAAUUAUGGAAAGAUGAAUCUAUCAAAUGUAGAAAAAAGGAUAAUGAAAAUUAUUCUCUAUGUUGUGGUUAUGGCAAAGUUGAACUUCCAGAGUUAAAGAAUGCACCUCCAAGUUAUGAAAUUCUUUUUAAAUCUGGAGAUUCUAAAAGCAAACAUUUCAUGAAGAACAUUCGUUCGUACAAUUCUAUGUUUUCUUUUACGUCGAUGGGUGGCAAAAUCGAUUCCUCAAUCAAUAGAGGCAAUGCUCCAUACAUUUUUAGACUUAGUGGUCAAAAUUAUCAUAGUAUCGGAAGCCUUUUACCAAAUCAGGGAUUUAAACCAAAAUUCUCUCAGUUGUACAUAUACGAUACUGAUAAUGAAAUCGCAAAUAGACGAACAUGCUUGGGUGGAGAAAAUCAACGAUCUACAUCAAAUUCUUCUGUCCUUGAUGAUGAUAUUAUACAAGAUUUGAAAUUGAUGUUAGAUUCAAAUAAUGUCUUGGUUCAAUCUUAUAGGAUGGUUAGAGAUUGUUUUAAUGAAAAUCCUUAUGCUGAUAUCAAGUUGAGAAUUAUUGGAAGAAGGGACCAAGAUGGAAGGACAUACAACCUACCGUCUGCUUCUGAGGUAGCAGCUUUGAUUGUUGGAGAUAUUGGUGAUUCAAUUGAUAAUAGAGAUAUUGUUGUUCAAACUUCAUCUGAGUUGACAUACCACAUCGAGGUAUUACAUCUUCAAGCAACAGCAAGAGGCCCAACUGUACAAUGA